UAACAGCCUCGUUUGUGGUGUUUCGCACCUCCGGCCCUCAGCACGCAGGAGGGAGUUCAACUUUUGUAACGCAGUUUUGCCUACCACCUGGUGGAGACGCAAAUUGCGCAGAGCAAUUUGCUGCCCAGGCAGUUGAGAAUUGCUCAGCGCGCUACAGCGCAGGGCAGUUCUGCAGGCACACCGGCGGCGAAUAGCAGGCACUGGCACCCAUGACCGCCGGCCAGAGCCCAACGGGGCCACCAGCGUCCCGUGAGCUCGAUGUGGAGGCGCAGCAAGCGGGCGCCGAGCCGACAGUUGCCGGUGACCAGCCGACGGCGAGUGGCGGCAGCGACGCUGGCGGCGACCGCACGCGCCACGACGGCCUGGUGCACCGCCACCCCACCACCAGCAGCCAGGUGGCACUGGCCACUGACAGCAACGGCGUCGCCAAUGGCGGCAGCGAGGACAAGCCGGCCAGCGAGGCGGCCAGCGAGGAGUCGGCGGUACAGCCGGCCACCUACGGCGAGAUUGCAAAGCACUUUGGCAUCCUGGGCUGGACCGCGUUUGGAGGCCCCGCGGCCCACAUCGCUAUGUUCCAGAAGCUGUUUGUAGACAAGCUGCGGUGGUGCACCUACAUGGUGUUCACCGAGCUGCUGAUGCUAGGGCAGUGCAUGCCAGGACCCACCUCCACCCAGAUGGGCUUUGCCAUCGGUGUGCUGAAGAAAGGGCUGUCUGGCGGCCUGCUGUCGGGCGUGCUGUUCCAGGGCCCCGGCUUCCUCAUCCUGGCCAUCCUGGGCUGGGCAGCCUCCAAGCUCUUUUUCCUUGCGCUAGACGACUCACUGAACUCCCCAUCCCUCUUUUCCUCGCCCCUUCCUGCAGGCUUGGCAGCGGCAGGUGUUGCGCUGGUGGCCAGCGCAGCGCUGGGGCUUGUGCGCAACAUCUGCAAGGGCAGGCUGCUGCAGGUGCUGUGCACCGUUGCCGCCGUCAUCGCCUACUACUACCCCAAGCCCUGGACCUUCCCCUCCCUCAUCGUGGCCGGCGGCCUCAUCACCCUGGUGGCAAUGCGCAAGAACGAGAUCAAGGUGGGGCCAGGGUGGACCGGGCCCUCACCGCCGCCGCUGCGCCGCUGGUGGCCGCCCCCCUCCCUCCCUUCCCGCCCACAGUCGGGCGAGAUUGCGUACGAAAGCGCCAAGGAGCUGCACUGGUUUGCCGUCUUCUACCGCACCGGCUCGGUCAUCUUUGGCGGCGGCCAGGUGGUGCUGCCCAUGCUGUACAACGAUGUGGUGGACCAAGUCUGGAUGUCGACGGAGCAGUUCAACGCGGGGCUGGCGCUGGCGCAGGCCAUGCCCGGCCCGCUGUUCAACUUUGCCGCAUAUCUGGGCGCCGUGAUUGCGCAGAACGCGGGCGUAAACGCCAUCGUCGGCGUCAUCGUGUGUUGGGUGGGCCUGUUUGCGCCGGGCAUCAUUAUCAUCUUUGGCAUCCUGCCCUUCUGGGGAGGCUUCAGGAAGUUCCAGGUGUACCGCCGCGCUCUGCCAGGCCUCAACUCAACUGCAGUUGGCCUCAUCGUGGCCUCCGUGUUCCAGCUCACGUUCAGCGCAUGGGAGUCCAGCCCCCACCCCACCACCUCCAUCUGCAUCGGCAUUCUGGCUUACGGCGCCACCGAAGCGAUCGCCGUGCCGGCGCCUCUCGUGGUGCUUGGCGGCGGCGUCAUUGGCAUCAUCGCCUGGGCGGCCGACAUGAAGUGACCUGGGCGGCGGUUGCUGGGCCACGGCAAGCCGAACCGGCAAGCCCCUGUUAGCAGUCCCAAUGUCAUCGACCGCGCGUGGUAGAAACCAUGAUUGGUUAAGUACAGCCCUUGAGUACCCUCUCCUAAUGUUCUGAUCCCAUCCCUCAGUUCAUCGGCCGCUGCUUCGUCCUGCCACAGCCUGCUCUUCUGCUAACGCUCUCUGCACGCCCCUGUGCUGCCAUAUUACCUAUGGGAGCAUGCCAUUUGAUUGUCCAUGGAGUGGAGCCACCUUGAAAACUGGGCUA